CGUCACAACAAACCAGUCUAGUGAUUCUCUCCAACAUGGCAACAGCGAAACAGCUGACGAAAAUCACAGAUAUCGCCGAUCUGAAAAAUUUGCAAAAGUUGUAUCUAAAAGAUUGGCCCAGCAACUGCGUUGCAUACUUCUGGCUGGAUAACUACCUGAGGUGGUUGCAUCGAAACCCUAGUUUAAAGCACCUCAACUUCUAUACUUUGGACAAUGACUGGAAAAGGGAUGGCCUGUUUAUAUUGGUGCACCGCUAUCAGCUGUUCUUCAGCAACUUAAGCAAACGCAAAUCCGAUUUGAAAGUGGCGCUGAAAAUGUUGGAUUGGUCGGGAGGUUUCAAAGUCAGUGCUAUCCACGAAGCACACCAUGAAGUCUACAAAGGUCUUGUGGCGGAACUCAAUCUUCACAUGGAUCGGGAAAUGAAUACCAUUAUGUAUAGUUUAUCCUGCCAGGAGGCUAAGAGGCUCGGGGAGAUCAAAUGUCCGGAGGGUUAUUAUCUGGAUAAAGUGCGAUUGGAGCAUGCAGGCCUUAUAAACGAUCUUUGGUCGGCCCGUCAUCCGGGUUCCCUGAAACUUAUUCAAAUGCUAAUAACCUAUAAUACCAAUGUGGGGUUGUUUGAGAAGGCCUCGGGAGCGCUAUGUGCCUGGUGCCUAAGGCUACAAAGCGGAUUUCUUGGAGCUUUAGAAGUGGUCCAAUCCCAUCAGCGUCGUGGACUCGGGCUGGUGGUUGCUGCUGCCAUAUCUAAGGCCAUUGCCACCGAUCUUCAGCAGGAUGUGACGGCGCUGGUCAAUAUGAAUAACAAUGCGGCCUGUCGCGUCUUCGAAAAACUAAACUUUAAGCUUGUAAGCGGCGAGCACUACUAUUGGAGCAUGAUUGCACCGAAGAGCGGUGGCCAGAUAUCCUGGCCCAGCAAUGAAUAAAGUCUGAAAGCGCUUAUAAAAAA